AUGGCGGCGGCGGCGGGCGCCUGGUUUGUGUACGAGAACAAAAUCAUGGCUUCUCCUAAAGUCUAUGUCUUGCAGCCUUGGGUUGCAAACCUCUUGGUGAAUUACGAGCAGCUGGAUGCCAAUGAGGAUCUCCUGGCCGGGCAGGUCCUGCGGGUUUUGAGUGACUCAACUGCUCCAGGCCAACCUGGGGUCCUCCAAGAUGCUGUCCUGCAGAUCUCAGAUGGGUCCUACUACAUCCGUGUGGUCAUUACGACCGAAGCUCUGCAGACGGAGGAAAACACCCACAUACAGCUCAGGCUGUCCAGCCUCAUUUGCAGAAUUAUCGUCCUGCAGAAGUACACGGUGUGUUUCCGGGAGGAGGCCAGGCUGGAAGACUGCGAGUUUUACCUCACGGUGCAGCGGUUCAUCGUGCUGCCCAUGGAGAGGCAGAGUUUGGACUCAUCCAAUGGGAACCAGGAGCCCUCUGUGCUGCAGAAGAUCAAGGAGCUCUGGCUGAAGAGUCUCGCUGUGAAGAAUGCUCCCAGCUCAGAGCCAUCCAUCUCUCAGCUGAUCGAUGCCAUAGGACAGAACCAGCUGGAGAUUUUGAAGGAAAAUGCUGAGGAAUGCUUGGAUUUACGGCUGCCUGAGCAGACCCCAGCAAUGGUAAAGGACGAUGUUCCCGUCACCCUGUGGGAGGCAGAGCGCAAGAAAGAGGGUGAGCAGAUCUUCACAGUCCCGACAAACACUCUGCUGAUCCUUUUUGAGGAGGAGACAGUUACUUGUGAUGCUUCCAAGGCAGGCACAAGCAAAGCACCUCCUGAGAAGAUCAGCAAAGAGACAACGGUGCCAGGCAACCUGAGUGUUGUGUCCCAAGCCAGCCUCGCAGAGUCAGCGGACUGGUCGGACAGCUCGGAGGACUACCUGGACAACCCCUGGGACACGCUGCCACCAGUAUCUUUGACCCUGAACUCUUCGGAUGAGCAGACCUUUCAACAUGACCUUUCACCAAAGACCCAGCAAGACGUGGCUGCCGACAGCAACACCCCUGACCUGCUGGAACCAUGCGGCCAGGACUGUGCUGGGGGCUUGCCGCAGGGAGAGCUGGUGCAGGCCUCUCCCUCCCUGCUCUGCUCCUACAGCCAUACCGGUCUGGUGGAGACCGACACUGUGGAGGCAACGUCUGCUGCGGAGGCAGUCGGCGAUGCCCCCUGCCUUGCGCAAAACCCACAGUUCGUGAAGGAGCCGGUUCAGUACAAAUACAAGGCACCAAGCCCUGAGCUCUGUAAACGGGUGAGAUCUGUCAGGAUCUCGAAGGCGAUGCUGUCCUGGGCAUGCUGGAUACUCAUGGGCAAGGACAUGGACUCAGAUGUGGACUCCUGA